AUGACAAAAACAAAGGAGGUUGAUGUCAACAACUCUCCGACUCACCUCGUCUUCGCCUCGCCCAAGGAACGGAGACUCCAUCUCCGGCAGAAGAUGGAAAGCGGAGGCGGGACGGAGGGCUCGCAGCACGCGGUGGUGGCCGGUCUGGAGCAGCCUGAAUCCGCGGAGCUCUCUGCGACGCCGUCCGGCCGUCCUCAGGGUGGGAAGAAGAAGGUGAACCGGGCUCCGUCCCCGGCCAGACCGAAGGAUGUAGCCGGAUGGUCCCUCACGAAGAUCCGCGGAGGGAUAGGGACCCCGACUCUGAGCGUAAAGCCGGGCGCCAUCCACCUGGGCAGCCGCAUUUCCAGGCGGAGCCCCGUGGGGAGCAUUUCAGGGAAGGACGGUAAAGCGGAGAAAAAAACAUCGAGCAAAUCCUCCACUUCCUCGGGUGCUUUGUCCAAGUCCUCUGCGGCGAAGGGGGCCAAGAGCGCCGCAGGGAGGAGAAAGGUGUCCGACGCCAGCAUUGGAUCCGACGACUUAUCCAAGGAUUCCGGCUGCGCCACCGGGAAGCUCUCCCCAACCGACAGCAGCUCCGAGCUAUCGGACUGUGCCUCGGAGGAAAACAAGCUCUCUACGGAUGCUGUUAGCAGUGACGCCGAAUCCAGGAGCAGCCGGGGUGGUGGGCAGGAUGGAGACAAGCCGCUCAGGGAUGGCGUGUUGGCGGACAGAGCUAGCCUACAAGCCGCCGGUAAGACCUCUUGUUCCAAUGCGGACUGCAAGGACCGGCUCUCCGUGGCUGUGGAGACCGGAGAAGGGAGCGUAUCCCCCGGCGAGGAGCGCUCGGUCACCUCGUUUGACAGCAGGGUGCCUGCGAGUACAUCCCUGGCUUUCUCAGACCUCACAGAGGAGUUUAUGGACGGCAUGCAAGAGGAGUUUGUCCGGGAGAUAGAAGAGCUAAGAUCUGAGAAUGAUUACCUCAAAGAUGAGAUGGAGGAGCUGAGGUCUGAGAUGUUGGAGAUGAGAGACAUGUACAUGGAAGACGACGUCUACCAGCUGCAGGAACUUCGACAACAACUAGAGCAGGCAAAUAAGACCUGCCGCAUCCUGCAAUACCGGCUGAGAAAGGCAGAGCGGCGCUCUCUCCGUGUCGCCCAAACAGGGCAGGUAGAUGGAGAACUGAUAAGAACUCUGGAGCAAGACGUCAAAGUGGCAAAGGAUGUGUCCAUCCGUCUCCACAGCCAGCUGGACAGCUUUGAGAAGAAGAGGAGUCGUCUGGAGCAGGAGAAUGAGGAGCUGAGGGUCAGGCUGCAAGACCUGGAGGUCGCCAAACAGGUCCUGCAGCAGGAGAUUGACAAGAACUCCCAGAAGAAAAGAGGAGCACGACCCAACAACAAACCUGACAAGAAGCUUGCUCCACAGGAGGACAGUUCUGACUUAAAGUGUCAGCUCCACUUUGCAAAAGAAGAAUCAGCCCUGAUGUGCAAGAAGCUGACGAAGCUGGUGAAGGACGGCGAGGCCAUGAAGGAGGAGCUGGCCAAGUUCAGGUCGCUGUAUGGAGACGUCAACGCCUCGCUCACCGUGGAGGAGGUUGCUGACUCUCCCCACACCCGUGAGGCGGAGAUCAGAGUCCACCUGAAGCUGGUGGAGGAGGAGGCCAACCUGCUGAGUCGACGCAUCGUGGAGCUGGAGGUGGAGAACAGGGGACUUCGAGCUGAGAUGGAGGACAUGAAGGGACCACAAGAUGGUCCUCAAGAACUCUCAGGUGUUGGUGGUGGCCUUGGGACAGGUGUUGGUCUCGGAGGAGGGGCUUCAUCUGAGAACGUUAUGGAGCUCCAGAGACACCUCCAGUUUGUGGAGGAGGAGGCGGAGCUCCUGAGGCGGUCUCUAAUCGAGAUGGAAGAACAAAACAAACUUCUGAUGAACGAGAUUAACCGCUAUAAAUCUGAACUCCCACCGCCUACGUCCACACUUUCGUCCAAUUCAUUAGCGUCACUGACAGAUGGGCUGCUCAACGACAUUCCGGUGCACAGUAUCCAGGAAGGGGCGGUUCUCAUCAGCACCGAUGCCCCGGCCCAGGAGGAGAAUCUCAGAUUGGCGAGGUUACAGAUUGGAGAGCUGAGUGGAAAGGUGAAGAAGCUGCAGUACGAGAACAGAGUGCUUCUGUCCAACCUGCAGCGCUGUGAUCUGGCCUCCUACCAUGCUCCUUCCUCUUCCUCAUCUUCCUCCUCAUUGAGACUAGCUCUGGAGACUGACGCAGAGGCUGGAGACUCAGCUGAGUGCCUCCCAAACAGUCCGCCCCACCGAAAAGAGCCGGUAGGGGGUGAGAACGACGCCCUGGAGAUCAAGGAACAGAAAAAGAACAUCGAGGACAACGCUUACGCAAUAACCUCGCUCCCCGAGUGCCUGGGGCAGAAGGACCAUGAUGCCUUGCUGGCCAUGAGGGAUCAGGCUCGCUUAGUUUCCACGGCGAUACAGCUCCUGACCUCCCCCGAGUCUAACUGCCUCUCUUCCUCACCAUCCAUCUAUCACAAGGUCUGCAACGAGGCAGCGGAGCAGUGUGACCUGGAGAAACCUCACAGCCAGAUUUCAGAGCUGUCUGACCUUGCAGAUCGGCCACUCGUCGGCGCUCUUACCAGCAGGCUCCAAGCUCUACAUGCCCAGCUACAGUGCUUUGUGGAGCGAGUGGACGGUGUGGGUAAAGCCUCUGCAGGUGCGAGGGACCCUCAGGUGGAAGGAGCGUCUCCUCUGGCCUCACCCUGCACCUCUCUCUCUUGCUCUGGAGACGACCUGAAUGGACUGAACUCUGCUGAGAAGAAGCAGCCUGAUUAUAGGGAUCAAUCAGAGGCGGUGGUGAAAGGUCAAACUGAAGAGAGCAGCCAAUCAGACAUCAGGGAGACGAAAAAGCAGGAAAUCAGCCAGCUGGAACAGGGAGAGAAGGAGGCAGGUGAAGCACUGCCUACAGACGACCUCCAGACUCAGCUGUCUGAGGCGGAGACGUUUGGUCUCGGACCUCAGGAGGAGCUGGAGAGUGAAAGGCAGGCUCAGAGAGAAACUACUCUCAAACUAACACAGCUCCACGAGGAUCACCAGAAGGCUCUGCUCCAUCGGGACUUCCAGCUGCAGAGUUUGGGCCUCCAGGCUCGGCUUCAUCGGAAGCUGUGGAGCCAGGAAAGGACUCUGCUGGUCCAGGAGUCUCAGCACCUCAAACAGGCCUUGUUGGUGCUGAGCCUCAAACUGCGCUGCUUCCUCAAACAGUGGAGGCUGGGCUGCAAGAAAGACGCAGAGUGGAAAGACAUACUGGAGAUGAACAGCCUGAAGGACCUCUAUCUGCUGUUGGAGGAGGAUAACCUGACAAGCCCCACCCACCAGACUGACAAGAGGGCUGCUGCAGACGCACAACCACUCAGCCCAACUAUCAAGUCAAGCACGGUGAGCAGCACUUUGGCAGACCUGAAGGUGGCGCUACAGGAUCUGAGUGGAGAGUUGCGACAGGAUAGACAAGGCUCCCAGGAACUCACCCAGCAGUUUGCAAAGGCCAAGGCCUCAUGGGAGGUGGAGAGGACUGAACUAAAGAGCCUCAUCACACAGCUUGAAACCAAGGCAGGGAAACCAGCAGCAGCUCUGUCUGCCAAUGAUGCACUUGAACCUCCAGACCUGAAGGUGGCGCUAAAGAGGGAGCGUGAAGAACACCAGCAUCUCUUGGCUGACUCGUAUGCGGCUGUAAUGGACCUAACUAAACAGCUUCAGAUUGGAGAGAGGAACUGGGGCAGAGAGAAGCUGGAGCUGCUGGAGAGGUUCAGCCAGGAGAGGGCUCAGUGGGAGCAGAGACUGAGAGAGGCCACGGCACAGCAGGGGAAGUCCAAGCCCUCAGGCAGCGAGUCCUCUGCUGACACAGUCAUCACCAAUGGAACAGGAUCACCAAGAACCAAAUCCACAUCUGAACUCGAUGUCCCAGAAGUCAAUGGAACAGCCAAUCAAGAGAAGAUCCAGUUUGCAGAUUCACCUCUUUUCAUUCGCUCAGAGUUGGGUGACCUCAGCAGGAAGAACUGGACCUACUUGACAAAUGAGGCCCCAGAUGUUGGGGAUACCUGUAAAACCUGGGAUGGCCCCAGCGGCUCAUGUAGCAGCUUGGUGGGAUCAGAGCUCGACCUGGAGUCAGUCCAGAGGAGCUACACGGCUCCUGACCGCACCGGCAUCAGGAUCUACUACAGCCCUCCUGCAGUACGACGCAUGGAGCACAGAAACAGGAACCAGGAUGCCAAAGAGCCACAGCAGGCACAGAACGGCAGCUCUCUCGUAGGACUGAGUGGCUCAGAUGUAGGCAUGACUCCUCUGGAGUCCCUGCAGGUUCAACAACUUCCAUCCUCCUUUUCAUCCUCAUACGAGCAAUGGCUGAGCUCACUGUCCAAGCAGCACAGGGAGUUGCUGGAAAGCAGAAGUGGCUGUAUUUCAGGUUCAAUCCCCAUUGUUGUCAGCAAUGGCAUUGGUGGCUCUGCUAAUAGUUUGGUCGAUGGGAUCACCUCCCCGUCAGCUUUCCAUGGUCUUGAGAUGGGGGAGAUUUCCGCCAAUUUAAGUGAUGACAUGAAGGAGAUGACCAACUGUGUCAGACAGGCCAUACGCUCUUCGUCCCUGGAGAGGAAAUCCACCAAGGAACCUGGGGUCGGUAUGUCCUCCAGAUCCACACAGACUGCUGCCCAAUACGUCAGCAUUGGACUUCAAACAGACAACCUUUCGGGCAGCAGGGGGGCUGGGUUACACUCCAAAGCCUGGUCUCCCCGCCCGUCAUCAUCAACAACCUCUCCUCUAGCCUCGGCCCGAACCCGGCAGAUUUCGACAUCCCUGGAUAAAGUUCACAGCCGCAUUGACAGACCAUGCUGUUCACCCAAGUAUGGAUCACCAAAACUACAACGUAGAGUGUCUUCUGGCUCCACUUCCAGACUGGAUGGGAGUACCUCCUCCAGGGACCGGAGCCUGUGGAGCCUCCAGCAAAGAUCCAUGGGAGGGGGAGGAGGCUCCGCAUGGGCUCGCUCCACCACCACCAGGGACAGCCCAGUCCUGAGCGGCGUCACUGAUGGCCUCUCCAGCCUCUUCAGCGUGGUGGAGCACACUGGGAGCACCGAGUCACUCUGGAGGGGUGAUGGAGGAGCCAGCCAAGUUGCCAGUCCAGCCCGGCACCCUCCAGCUGCAGGGAAACCCUCUUCUGUGUCUGUCUGCGUACCUGACCCAGGCUCUCAGCAAUAUGGCAGCCUGGUCCAGGAGUUUUUCAGGAACGUCUGCAGCAGUCGUGUCCAGGCAGGAGUCACCCUGCCGGCAGACCGAGCCCAAAACGGCCUCGGAGGUGUGGGUGUUUUGGGAGGUUUGAGUGCCAUGGAUGAGCCCAAGCCGGAGUGCAUAUCAGCUGCGGGGGGAGGACUUGGGGUGCUGGCUGGGUUGGGUGGAGGCAAUGAAAAUGUCACCAGGAUUGUCAAUAAGAGGUUUAUGAGACAGACGGUUGGAGAGGAGAUGGUCACUAUCAUGGGAGGAGGGAAAGAAACAUGCAACACAGGACCUGCAGGAUCUGGCAUGGAGGAUGCACUCUGUGACUGUGUGGCCCAGUCUUCCUGCUUGGCAAGACCAUCCAGAGCUCCAGCUCGACAUUCCCUCGGCCAGUGCAAGCACCGCCCACAAGAGUCCCCAGCAGCAAUCGAGGAAAAGGGGGACACCUCCAACGAGUGACCACACCUCUACUGCCACAUUGCAAAAGAUACACUCACUGCAAUACUGAUUCUUCACAAACACUGUACACCACUGCCAUGAAAACACACACCUCACAUCACAUGUACAUACACACCUAUAGCCUGCCUCACAGGGGCACUGCCAAACAUCACUCACACCACAAGCACACUGCACAUGCUGCCCCACACACUGCCACUCAUAUAUUAAAAAUACACACAUACAGAACCUAGGCAUUGUUACACUUGUCUUAGACUAUGCCAUUCCCAUGCCAAGGACAGGGAAGACUAAAAGUCCAACCCAGCAAUGGUCCAACCAACUACCAGCAGGACAUACAAAUUUACACACUCUUAAUCUUAACUACGAGAACUCUAAACUACGAGAACUCUUUCAGCUGAAUAGAGUUUGACAAGUAAAAUAUGAUGUCAGGAUUGGACCUCCCCACCAAACUCUCAAGAGGCGUUACAAAUGAUGAUGACAUCAUGCAGUUGGACCAGCAGCAAUGCUGGAUUUACAGAUGAGCGAGGAGACACUAAGGGUUUGGACCCAGUUUGAAUACGCAGUGAGAGUGCUUAUAUUUCUUUGCGAGCUAUGGUAUACAACUGGAAAGGGAACAUCUAUCUCACCUUAAAAAAAAUCCUAAAUUUUGUUUUAUGCUCUGGAACCAUCAACCUCAAAAGAGUGAAUUUCUCUCUGAACAUACUCGAGUUCACACACCCUGUGCUGGGAAAUGCAAUCAUGCCUUCAUGAUGGAUUAGCACAACGAAGCUCAACAAGGAUCUGAAAAGUCUGCAUUGCGACGAUGUAUCUGCCUCAGCUGCAGAACUGUUUCUUUUUAUUCUCAUAUUGAAUUAGGGAGCAACAAGAAAUGCUCAGGAACUUUUGACCAGACCUGGAGUACGAGUGGAUAUUAGGCUCCAAACAUUAAGACCAUUUAACUGAUCUGACUUGAUCAAGCACCUGCUAUUGUUGUUUAGAAAAACCAAAACAACUUAAAAGCUCUGCAGGCUUGUUUAAAUGUACCUGUCCACUUUGUCCCCAGCAGGACUUUGACAGCAUGUACGGGACUGUUAUGUGAGAUUGUAGCUAUGACCUUGUAUUUGGAAGACAUCUUCCAAAGAAAUGUACUUCUUAACUACUUCUGAUUGGUAUUAAGUUGACCCUGGUCCAGCAGGCAGAAAGUGCCUGCUUGUGUCAUAUUUCUGGGAUGUUUAACUGAUUUCACUGAUGUCAAGAGUACUCCUUAACAGGAUAGUUCAGUAUUUUUGAAGUGGGGUUGUACGUGUUAUGGGGUACUUGUCGAUACCAUCAAGGGAUGCUGACCAGCUCAGCCCCUUUAUUGAGAAAUGCGCUGGUGUGCCCUCACUGAAGCUACAGUAGGCUAUACAUCACUGCAGACGGGGUUGUUCGGACCACGUCAUUUGGUUGUUUUUAAGAAAAACAGACCAAAAAUUCCAUGACAAUGUCAGUGUAUGCAGGGUUUUGACUUUACCAUCAGCAAGCCCUUUUGUUUUAGCACUACGUAGUCAGGUGCUCGGUUGUCAAUUACAACCAAACUGCGUGACUUUAGGUGAUACACUUUUUUAUUGAAAAGUACCUCAUACAACGCCCCUUCAAAAAUAGAGAACUACUCACAUUAAACCUACAGCACACUGUCCUUAAACAUUUAAGGUGGUUGUAUGGAUUGGGGAAUAUUUUCAUUGAUAAUAAUGGAAACCUAAAAGCCCAUUCGCAAACUCAGCUUUGCACCGUAUGGAGCAAUCAUGUUUUCUUUUUCUGGUUUUAAGAGGUUUUAAGAGUGCCUCUGCUAUUUGGUUGAGGUCUCACUUCUGAAGCCCAACAUUCAUAUUAUUUGUUCCAUAAGUUGCAAAAAAUGAAGCAGGUUUACACUGUUUUUUUUACCUUUUGAAUCUGAUAACCAUAAUCUAUUUUGUUAAAUAAUUAUAAUAACAUUGACUUGAUAUCCAACACCUCCCUGAGCUUGAAGGGACCAGAUAUGAUCUGUCCAAACUCAAAAUGCUACCAUCCUAACUUACAUAUACCAGAACUGCAUACUAACUCCAAAGUCCAAGGAAAUUCAGUCAAUGCAUUUCUUUUAUUAAAGUCUUUCUCAGUUGUUUGUGUGUGUAUGAAUGGGAUAUUCAACUCUAAAUUCCUCCCUUGUCUCUGCUCUUCUCCAUUGAAUAUCUUAAUUCAUAGUACUACAAUGAUAGCAUAGCUAAUGUAAACACUCCAUUCAAAAAUGUAGCGUUCAAUCGUCAUCUUGGAAACAAAAGGUUAAAAGUUGUUGCUGACCAUCUGCAGUGACAGUAAUCAAAGCACUGGCAGUUUUACAUUUUUAAGAAACACAUUCACAAAUAUUUUUUAUGAACUUAUAAUAUUUUUAAAUGUAGCCUUUUGGGGGAAAAAGGUUUUUCUAAAUUAAAACACGUUCAUCUUUUUGUACUUACAUGCAGCCGGUUUCAGCAAGAUAAAAUGUCUUGACGUACAAUGCGUGCUACCAGUGGAAGAAAUUGAAGGCUGACACGAGUUAAAGUUGAUUUAAAUUAUAAGAAAAAACAUCAUAAACUGAGAACAAUCAUAGUGGGAAUUCUAUUCAUGUCUCUCACGUCACUCUGUGUUUGCCAUGUCCUUCUCUUUUCAAAUCAAUCGACCCAUAUUCAAAGUGCCUGUCAGGUUUCCUAUCAGUCAGCUCACACCAAAACUGGACUCCAUUCACACUCAAUUAACCCCACCAAGCCUUUUUUUUAAAUGGGUAAGAAUGUUUGUAUGCACAUUAUUAUGAUCAGGCUGGACUACAACUACAACACAGUACUGUAUCAUUGUGGAGGAAGGCAAAUGGUUUUACAGGUAUAGAAGGUUCUAGAAUAUAAAGUAUAAAAAAAUGUUUUUAUAUCAAUGGUUAUUGAAUUCCUGGAACGUAAAUUAUUUCUGUUUUAUUUUUUUCUUGUUGUUCCACUUCUUUUCAUUUAGUUACCAUGGUGCUAUAAUGUGUUUACUCUUUCCAUUUUCUGUAUCAGCAGCAGUUGAGCAUAUGACCAUCUGAGACAACAUCUGACUCAGCAGUUUAAAAAAAGGGCAUUUUAGUAACAUUUCAUGUAUCUGAAUAACAGUGAGGAAAAACCCGCAGACUAAAUGCUUCUCUCUGUCUCCACUCUUGACCUCACUGCUGGUAGAACAUCAACCAGUCCGAAGCAGUUACCACUACACAAGGCACGGGCCUAAUUGCCACAUGAAUAGUCUUAUUUCUUGACCAAACUUUGUUUAAGCCAAGCUAGUCUGAUUGGCUAAAACACUGAGACCAUAAAGUUGACCAGAACCUCAUUAAAAAUGCUUUUAAGUGUCCCAGAAACACAGCCAAUAGGGCUGAGAACUCAUCCACUCCCUUCUACUGUUUGCUAUAUUUCUAACUUUUAAAGCUUUGUAGUUACAUCACACAAUGCAGUCACUGCAGAGAAUUUAUUUGAUGCUUGGGCAUGUUGUGUAUUAAGAGUUAAAAAAGGGGAAAUGUUGAAAACAGAUUAUUCUGAUGCGACUGAUGCAUAUACGGGAGAAAGUUUUCCAAGGACAAGUUUCUUUUUAACACAAAGUUUGGUUUCCUGUAUUCCAUCAAACCACAGUGAAUAUGUAGGACUACAUCAGUGAUCAUAGAUGCUCCUUGUCUAAUGUUGCACACUUCAAAUUCAAUAUACCAACACAGUAACAAUGUCUUGAAAGCGUAAAGUAUGUCAGAUGACAGAAGUAUGUCACAUUCCAAGUUACUCCAACCGAGAGACAGGCCGUGAUAAUCCUUACUUUUGACAGAAACUAGCCACUAAAGCCAGCGUCAUAUGCUUACACACAAAUUACAGUCCAAACUGCAUAUUAAGGGGAAAGGCUGACCAACAUGUUAUUGUCUACACUCAAAAUAGUCCGGACACAUCUCACAGACACAACAGUGUGGCAGGAGAGAAAUACAUUUCCAUCAAUGUGGCACGUAAGCUCUGUCAAUUAUUGCUGACAAAUCUUUGGUGAAAACAUACGCAUUCCCACGAGAGAAUGAGUGUAACCACAGACUGUAUAUAAAGAUGGACAAUGCACUUAAACCUCCUUUCACUGUACAAAGAUGAAGCCAAAAUACCCCCCUGACAGGUGCUUACAUAUUGCCCAUUAGGCAAUGUUGAAAAAGUCUGUGCAAUAGGGAUCGGCUGGAAGAGCCACAGUGUUGACAUCACACUGCUACAGCCAAUGAAAACACAUAUUUAACUUGCCCAUUAACCAGCAGAGAUCCACCAGGACGGGACAGUCUACAGCAGAACAGAUUAUUUGGUUUUUGGUAAAAAUUAGUUUGACCUGUCUAUAUUGAUGUUAUGGUUUGACCCAUUUCCCAUCUGUUAACAUGGGGAAGGCAGGGUUAAUGACCUUUACUGCAGCCUGUCAGUGGGGAGAGCGCUAAAUGUUCUGGCUUCACUUCAGGUGAGGUGUUGUGUUGGCCAUUCUUUAUACAGUCUUUGAGUGAAACAAGCAGAGUUGGCUCUCCUGUCUUUAGUAUCGACUGUCACAUAAUAACUCAAGUCUUCCCACAGACAUUCCUCACACACACUGGGAAAAUAUUCUGAAAACAAAAAGCAACCCUCAUCAUUCGUCAACAUUAGAUUUGGCACCAUUCCUUCGUUUUUAUUAACAAACCAUGCUCUGCAGAACUAUGGAAUCUUUCAUUAUCAGGCAUAUUUCUUCAGGUUUUGCUCAACGUCCUUUCGAUUUUAUUGCAUUUGAAAUUAAAAACAGUAGCAUGUAAAACGACGACAUGUGCCAAUAUCAGGUUUGAAAUCCAUGACAUAUUUGUUUGAAAGUUUUUCAAAUCUGACACAAACAAACAAAACAAAUGUAACAAAUACAAGCACAAACCUGAAACCAAUCCACUUUAACAAAAGACUGAAAUUAAUUCAAGAAAUGUCGAUCCCUUACUUCAAACAAUAAGUGCUUUAAUCAUUCAAAGUUACUGUGCAAAGAUAAGACAAGCACAGAGAUAUUUUUUGGUUUUUACUUUCGAUCCAUCAAAUAUUGCCGAUGCUGCCGAAGUCAUUAACAGUGGUGAAAGUUCUUGAUCCGGAGAAAGCUAAGCAGAUUCUGUACUACCUCUUAAACUUUUUACACCAUUACUAAACGUCAUCAAAGACUCGUGUAAAUGAAUCAUGGAUGUGCAUCACCCCCUCUCAACAUACUUGCUACCAGGGCUUUAGUCCAAUCGUCUUUCGUGUAUCUGUCAGUGAGAAGGUCACCUUGUGCCUUUCCUCGACAAAGAUGUCUAAUGAUCAAUCAAAAUGUUUUCUUUUCUGCAAAUUCCUGUCUCCAACUGAGAACAUAAUGUAUGAUUAUGCUUCAUUCCAGAUGAAAAACAUCUGGAGUAAAGUUUAAAUGUCUUAAGUUGAUGUCUUGCAGUGGGUGUAGGCUGUUUAUGUUUACAUCGAUCUUCAGUGGUUGCUACUGUACUACAUACAUUCUGACAGACAAUACAUGUUGCAGGCCAAUAAGGGAUCUCAGAGUCAAGGUUUCAAAAGUACAGUAUGCCUUAGAAAUUUGUUUUGCUUCACUUUCGGGUGGACAAGACCUUCAAACGGCUGAGGAUUUGUAUCAAGGUGACAUUUUGGUGAAAUAUUUAAGCUUCCCGUCUUAGGCUUUCUUAUGAUAUUGCAAAGUUGAACAUGGGCCUGUAUUUGACAUGAUAAUGAAGAGUCUGCACAUAUUCAGGGUUGUGGAUGAAACUAUUAUGCUGAGUUUUACGUCACAUUCACAGGAUACAAAUACAUGGAAACACAGUUCACAUUUUUAACUGAUAUUCAAAAUAACUUUUUGUAUUACUUUAAGAGUGAAUAAUAAUUUUUUUAAGACUUUUGCAGAAGCAAAACAUCAGAUUUCAUCAUAGUUUGACAUCAUCUUACAGCUCCGGCUAAGAUUUUAUAAACCUGGACCUAUUUUCUUGCAUGUAAUGUAAAGAAUCUGAACUGAUGCAGUCACAAUGACACUCUGCUCCCUGAUGUCAUCGGCCAGUUAUGUCUCUGUCUCUCCAGCCUCUCCACCUGCCUGCCAGGUGUUACAUUUGCUCCACCCCCCUCAGGUUAUAAAGAGUACUAAACAAAUUGCAGCCAAUGACAGACAGUUUUACAUCACAGCACCACCAGCCAACGAUUGAUGACUUUAUACAGGUUGCACGGCACCAACCAUGGGUGUCAUUGUUCCCUUUGUGUGUGUCUCUCUCCAUCCUUUCAAAUAUUUCUCCAUGCCAUUCACUUCUUCUAACACCCUGACGAUGUGUACAUAAACUCUUCGCUUUUCCUAAAGUAAGGCAAACUAUAACCUAGAGACUGCCUGCCUGUAUAUGCGCUCUAUAUAACCAACCCGUCUUUUUGUACAACGCUUGAUUCUUUGAGUUAAAGGAGAAUGCAAUGAAAGGAAUAUAGAAUGAGUACACAAUAAGGAAAUAUGGCCCCCUUGUAUUGCAACUUGAAAAGAAAGGAAAAGAUUUUUACUCUUGUCCUUUUAAUUUCAUUGAGAAAAGCUGAAUAUCAACAGCUGAUCUGGACCAGGUUGCUGUAGAAGUAUGUAGCUCUCUCUCUCUCAUGUGAUAGACACUCUGGAGUGUUUCUUCUGUACAUAAGUUUUGAAGGUAAUGAAAAAACAAAACAAAAAAAGGCAGCACAUAUUCAAUGAGAACAUUUGAUCCAUGUGGAUUUUUAAAGUGUUGGGAGGUUUUGUUUUUCCAACUGAUGUAGCUAGCUGUAAAAUGAGAUAUUAUAACUGCCUCCUGUUUGUCAUAGAAUUCACAAAUAAAUGUUUGUUCAAAUUA